AUUGUGAGGUUCACCCAAAGGGCUCCUCAGGCUCCAUUCGAGCUGAUCCAGAAGCUUGCUCACCGCUUCGAGGUCCUUGCAGAGAAAUGUUGCGAGCUGGGUCACUCAGAUCGGUGUCUAGUGGAGGAGCGCUACACGGUUGAUGAUGAGCUCUGCUUGGAGCAGUCUUUCGUCGCGACCUGUCCAAGGCUGUCCUCCUGCUGUUCGCUGAGCGGAAGUAGCCGUGCACAGUGCCUCGAGACUGUGCCCGUGCUCGAAACGUCGGACAAGGCGUCGCCGGCCACCCCAACGCUUCCGAUAUCGGAGCAGUGCACUCUGUGGGCUGGGAAACCCGUCGAGUUUCACAAGCGAGUGGUUUGGCAAAUCUCCCACCGCUAUCCCACCACGGGAGUGGCCCAGGUCGAGGCUCUGGCUCACCACUAUCUGGAACAUCUUACCAUUUGCUGUGCAAGCGAGGACAAAGAUACCUGCAUAGCUACUGAGGUGGCAGAGUUCAAGUCUGAAGUGGAGAAAGUUCACACCAAGUCUGAUUGGUGGUGCAGAAUGAGUGACUUGCUGGGUACAGACAGAUUCAACCUCCUACUCAUCGUGACGUACUCACAGCGGGUUCCUCAGGCGACUUUUGAGCAAGUGGAGGAGAUCUCUCACCACUUUGCCCUCAUCACUCGCAAGUGUUGUUCCCAUCGCAAGAAUGGUUCCUGCUUCCUGGAGGAGCGCUACGCCCUUCACGACGCUAUUUGCCGUGAUGAGGCUUGGCUCUCCGGCCUAGCCGAAGUCUCCCGCUGCUGUGCCAUGGAUGGACGGGCGAGGAUCUUGUGCUUCGACGAGCUCUCGAGUCACCUGAACGCCAGCGUGGAGGAACGUCCAGAACUUUGCUCCACGUCACUCUGCUCUAAGUAUCACGACCUGGGGUUCGAGUUCAAGCAGAGGGUGGCGUAUGGAUUUGGCCAACGCUUUCCCAAGGCAGCAAUGGGACAGAUGCGAGAUUUAAUAUCCAAGUAUCUGGCGAUGGUGCAACGUUGUUGUGAUGCUAUGAGCGACUUCAAAAUGGAUGUAGAGGAAGUUGAGCUUCGUGCUCACCGCCUGUGCCUUGACGCUCACCAACUGGGUGAGGAGAAGCUCGCAGAUCGGAUCAUGAUUGGCCUGGCACAGCGCAUCAGCGUCGCUUCCUUCGUGAACAUCUCAUCAGUGGCUCUCCACUUUGCUCAGUCCGUGAUUAAAUGUUGUGACGCUGACCACGAAAAGACUUGUUUCAUGGAGCAGGAGUUUGCCCUGGAGGACCAGGUCUGCUCCGACUCGGAGGCUCUCUCCCACAUCCCAUCUGUCUCCCGUUGCUGUGAGCUCCACCCAUUUGACCGAUCCGUCUGCUUUCACUCGCUCCGGUCCACCCAAGCGUCCACCCUCGCGUCCACCCACGUGGCCGUGGGGAAGGACGACUCACUGCCCGGCCACGUGGAGGAGUGCCAGGCCUUCGCCUCCGGGAAUCACUCGCUCACCGAUCAGGUGAUGUUUGAGUUCGCCAGACGCCAUCCGAGGGCUUCUGUUAGCCAGGUGGAGUCGUUGGCUCGCCUCUACAGCGAGCUCGCCAGAGCCUGCUGUGCUCUUACAGACGCGGAUCAAGAAUCGUGCUUAGACACUGCGAGAUCCCAGGCGAGGCAAGAGGCGUUGAAGUCUCUCCAGCGGUCUGAGAGAAUCUGCAAUACCCUCAGUGCUAUCGGCAAAGAGAAAUUCGAAGAAAGGAUCGUGAUUGCUCUCUCCCAGAAAGCGACUGAUGCCUCUUUUGAGCAAAUCCUCGAGAUCGCUAACAGGAUGUCCCGAGGCCUUGCGAGGUGUUGUGAGCAAGGCAAUAACGUGGGGUGCCUGAUGGAUCAUCGUCACGCUCUCCACGAGGCAAUUUGCUCCACCCCGGACGGCUCUCUCCCUCAAUCGGUCGCGGCUUGCUGCAACACCUCCAACACCUCCACCACCACCUCCACCACCACCUCCACCACCACCUCCACCACCACCUCCACCACCACGUCCACCACCUCCACCACCACCGCCGCUGAAAUUCGCGACAGCUGCUUUGACAAUCUGCAGGCGAACGUGUCACGGGCUCAUGCACCCUUCUACUCGAACUCGCAGCUCUGCCUCAUGAAGCUUCGCACGCCACACAGAUUCCUGGAGAGGUUCCUGUGGGAGUUUGGCCGGAGACAUCCGCAGGCCGCUCUUAGCCAGGUGGAAGAGUUGGCAGAGAUGUAUGUCAAGAUGACCGACAGUUGUUGUGGCAAACUCCACUCAAAGUCCUGUUUCACUGAGCAGCGCCAUACCAUCCACAUGGAGAUUCGCCAUGCCUAUGCUGAGGUGCAACACAUUUGUGGGUCUCUGCAUUCUCGUGGUGAAGAGACGUUUAUUCAGAGAGAGGUCACUCUCCUCUCCCAGAAGGCCCCAAACGCCUCCUUUGAGAAAGUUUCUCAGCUGGCCCGACACUUCCUCAGCCUGGCUAAGAAAUGUUGUGCACCAGAUCAUGCAGCUGGGUGCUUCUUGGAGGAGCGCUACGCCAUACACGAUGAGGUGUGCCGUGACGACGAGGUGGUGGAUCAAGUUGGGGGCCUGGCCACGUGCUGUCGAAUGAGUGGAACCUCGCGGGCCAAGUGCCUGGCACAGCUACCCAGGGAUCUGGGUCGGCACGGGAACAGGGAGACGCCGGAGUUUGACGAGCUGAAGAUCUGCGAGUUGAGGAGGGAUAACCCAGCUGUUCUGAUGGAGAAGAUUCUCUAUGAGUUUGGUAGGAGACAUUCUGACUCUGCCGUCAGCGAAGUGAAAAAUUUCGCCCAGAAAUUCUCUCACUCAGUGACGGAAUGCUGCUCUUCAGACAAGACUCACGAAUGCUUCGUGGAGAAGAGAGCGGCCAUUGAGAAAGUCAUCAAGGAUGAGGAGGCUAAGGGCAAUUUGACUUGCCAGCGUCUUAAAGCUCAAGGCGUGGAACACUUUGAACAGCUAGUCAUUCUCAACUUCGCCCGCGCUGCAAAAAGUCUGCCCAUGGAGAAGGUCGUUGAAUUUGCCCAUCGGUUCACCCGCAUCGCUGGGCAAUGUUGUGAACACGACACUCACUGUCUAAUUGAUGAGUCUUUUCACCUCCACGCCGAGAUGUGCGGUGAUCACGCCUACAUAAUGGCUCACCCAGGCGUGGCCAACUGCUGCAAGUCCGACGUUUCGGAGCAGGGGACCUGCUUCAAGAUCCACGAGGACGUCCACCACGCUGAGGAGAUUUUGUCCAAGGAUGUCAGUCCUGCACAUCCAACAGCGGAGAGAGUCUGCCUCCGAUACAGACAAUUUCCAGAGAAGUUUAUUAACCUGGCUCUUUUCGAGUUUGUUCACCGCCUACCCUUGCUGGAGUCCUCAGUACUGAGGCGCAAAGCCUUGGCCUACACUGGAUUCACAGAUGACUGCUGUAGGGCAGUGGACAAGACUGCCUGCUUCACUGAGAAGUUGGAAGCCAUAAAAUCAUCGUAAGAGUCUCGGUGUUUCAACGACCAAUCAGAAAUCAGCAAUGACCCUCGCCUGAACACACACACAGAGAUCUUCACCUGCAGCACGUCCUGCUAGCCAAUCAGAGAGGCGGAUAACUCACCCACUCAGUCACCCACUCAGUCACUCACUCAGUCACUCACUCAGUCACCCACUCACCCACCCACCCACUCAGUCACUCACCCACUCACUCACCC